CUGAUUUUCACCGUGGAGCUUUCGUGCAGAAGGAGCAAGAUCUGUCCAUCUCAUCCAUGCAUGGGAAGCAGCAUCAUCACCGUCAGACCUUCUUCCUCCAGGUCCUUGUGAGCUCUUGAGGCUGGGAGCCUUGAGAUGCAACAACAGCACCGUGCCUUCAUCUCCAUACCUCAAACAUGGCCUGAGACUCCAGACAAAACCUCCCUUACUUUACCCCACCUUCCUCAUCCUCCCUCACCUCUUCCCUUCUCUCCUCCACUCCAUCCAUCCCUCCGUGGCCCCCUGAGGUUCCUCUUGGUUCUCCUGGCCUCCGUGUGUUUACUGCCUUGCCCAGCUGAAGGAGCCUGGUUUCGGGUUGGGGUGGUGGGACCGUGGGGAUGUGACCCUCUGUUUGCCAAGGCCCUUCCCAGUGUGGCGGCACAGCUCGCCGUCAACCGCAUCAACAAGGACCCCUCGCUGACCUAUGCUGCAACAUUCGACUAUGCUGUGCUGCAGGAGCCAUGUGAGACAUCAAGGGCGCUGGAGGCUUUUGUGGGUUUCCACACCAAGGCCUCAGGGUACACUGGACCAGCCAACCCCAGCUACUGUGAUGCUGCUUCAAUGCUAAGCAAAGGCUGGAACAAAGCGUUGUUUCCUUGGGGUUGUGUUGGCUACGAGUUGGACGAUGUCCGGAGCCACCCGACCUUUGCCCGCUCCAUGGCAAGGCCCACUUGGGUGCUGCUCAGCGUCAUGAACUACUUCAGGUGGGCCCACAUCGGCAUCAUCUCUUCCUCAGAAGACAUUUGGGUGGAGACGGCCACGAAGGUUGCUGACUCCUUGAGAAGCCACGGUCUGCCAGUCAGACUGGUCAGUUUUAUGGAGAACACACCUCACGGCAUCAGGCGAACCCUGGCCAAAGUUCGCAAGAUGAGAGAAAUACGGGUUGUGAUCCUCUGCAUGCACUCGGCGCUGAUCGGUGGUGGAGCCCAGAAGCUGCUGUUGGAGACUGCCUACGACAUGCAGAUGAUCGAUGGCUCCCUGGUCUUUGUGCCCUAUGACACCUUGCUCUACAGCCUUCCCCACCGCAACGUCUCCUACCCGGCUCUGAAGAGCAACAGCAAACUGCUGCGGGCCUACGACGCCGUGCUGACCGUCACCAUCAACUCACCACAGACGUCGUUCUACGAGGCCUACAGAGAGGCCAUGGAGAGGGGGGAGGUGGCAAGGACGCUGAAGCCACAGCAGGUGUCUCCUCUGUUCGGGACCAUCUACAACUCUGUCGUCUUCAUGGCUCACGCGGUGCAUCGUGUUCGGCAGUCUGGGGAGUGGAUGUCUGGCGGAAAUCUGGCAAGACACACCCGCAACCUGGCCUUUCAGGGCUUCAGCCACCCAAUCAAAACCAACGGCUCUGGAGCAGCUCUGUUGGACUACCUCAUACUGGACACAGACGGACUCUCCUGGGAGCUGAAGCCAGUGUACAGGAUCGACAUGGAAGUCGGCAUGGUGCACUUCCUGGGUCGAGACAUCCACUUCCCUCGAGGCUACGGACCCAGGAAGGACUCUUCCUGCUGGUUUACUCCUGGAGUCAUGUGCUCAGGGGGUGUGGAUCUGUUCAUGACCAUCAGCAUGUUUCUCGGGGCCAUCGCUUUCUGUGUUUUUGCUGUGGCACUGAUUUACUGCAUCAGGCGACGCAUCAAUCAGAUUCGACUGGUCAGGGGUCCGAACAAGAUCUUGCUGACUCUGGCAGAUGUCACAUUCAUAAACCCGUCACUUAGCAACAAGAAGCUGAGUCUGUCCGACAGCAGAGCCAGCGGCAUGAGGAGCGUGUCAGACCGCAGCCUUGCCUCACCGGUCUCCACCCAGUCCCCGGCCACCUAUGAGAACACCAAUGUUGUCAUUUAUGAGGGUGAUUGGGCGUGGCUGAAGAGGCUUCCUGAUGGGACGUUCAGCAGAAUCACCCCCAAAACCAGCGAUGUGUUUGAACUGAUGAAGGACAUGCGUCAUGAGAAUGUCAACCCCUUCCUGGGCUUCUUUCACGACUGUGGCGUGUUCGCCAUCGUGACCGAGUUUUGCUCCAGGGGCAGCUUGGAGGACCUGCUGCUGAACGAAGACGUCAAACUCGACUGGAUGUUCAAAUCCUCUCUGCUGCUGGAUCUGAUUAAGGGUAUGAAAUACCUCCACCACCGCGGCAUAUCGCACACUCGUCUGAAGUCCCGUAACUGUGUGGUGGACGGCCGCUUUGUCCUGAAGGUCACGGAUUACGGCUACAAUGAGGUUCUGGAGUCUCAGAGGUUCCCUUAUGUUGAACCACCUGCAGAAGAGCUGCUGUGGACGGCUCCAGAAAUCCUGAGGACUGGGCAGCCGGGGCAUCACGGGACUCUGCCCGGUGACGUGUUCAGCUUUGCCAUCAUCAUGCAGGAGGUGGUGAUCAGAGGGCCGCCGUUCUGCAUGAUGGACCUCUCUGCUGCAGAAAUUGUAGAGAAGCUCUGUAAGCCUCCUCCUCUGUUCCGGCCGGUGGUCAGUCCGGACUAUGCUCCGUUAGAGUGCAUCCAGCUGAUGAAACAGUGCUGGACCGAACAACCGGACAAGAGGCCCAGCUUUGAAGACAUCUUUGACCAGUUUAAGAACAUCAACAAGGGGAAGAAGACCAACAUCAUAGACUCCAUGCUGCGGAUGCUGGAGCAGUACUCGUCUAACCUGGAGGAGCUGAUCCGAGAGCGGACAGAGGAGCUGGAGAUCGAGAAGCAGAAGACGGAGAAGCUGCUGACACAGAUGCUGCCUCCAUCUGUGGCAGAGGCCUUGAAGGUGGGCGGGACAGUUAAACCAGAGUAUUUUGACCACGUGUCGCUUUAUUUCAGCGACAUCGUCGGAUUCACCACCAUCUCAGCCAACAGCGAACCCAUCGAGGUCGUCGACCUGCUCAACGACCUCUACACGCUGUUUGACGCCAUCAUAGGAAACCACGAUGUCUACAAGGUGGAGACGAUCGGCGACGCUUACAUGGUGGCAUCUGGUGUCCCCGUCCCUAAUGGCAACCGCCAUGCUGCAGAAAUAGCGAACAUGGCUCUCGACAUCCUGAGCGCUGUGGGAACUUUCAAAAUGAGACACAUGCCUGAUGUUCCUGUCAGGAUACGUAUAGGACUGCACACAGGUCCGUGCGUGGCAGGUGUGGUGGGUCUGACCAUGCCUCGCUACUGUCUGUUUGGAGACACAGUGAACACUGCCUCUCGAAUGGAGUCCGGAGGAUUGCCCUACAGGAUCCACGUCCACCAGAGUACAGUGAAGGUCCUGCGGGACCUAAAUCUCGGCUACAAACUAGAAUUAAGAGGCAGGGCAGAAAUCAAGGGGAAAGGAAUAGAGGAGACCUACUGGCUUGUAGGGAGAGAGGGAUUUACCAAACCUCUGCCUGUUCCUCCAGAGCUCAAGUCCGGGCAAAUGGCCCACGGGCUGCAGAUGGCCGAGAUAGCCCAGUACAAGAAACGGAAAGCCGAGAAACAACAACAGGAACAACUUGCAAAGAAGAAAAACUGAGCACGCGAAUCAGCAUCGCAACAAGUGAGUCAAAGGACAUGAAGCAGGUGUUUCACAAGGCGGUGAAGAAGAUCUCUCACGUCCGCGUCGUGACUCAGCUCUACGCGCCCGAAGACGAAGAGAACGUCAUGAUG